AUGGGUUGCGUACUGGGGCAACAUGAUGAGUCAGGGAGAAGAGAAAAGCCAAUUUACUACCUCAGCAAGAAGUUCACAAAAUAUGAGGCAAAGUACCUUUCAAUUGAGAACUUUUGUUGUACAUUGAUUUGGACGGUUCGAAGGCUCAAGCAAUACAUGCUGUAUCACACGACAUGGUUAAUUUCAAAAUUGGACUCAAUAAAGUACAUGAUGGAGUCACCUGCACUCUCAGGGAGAAUGGCACGAUGGCAGAUCCUAUUAACUGAGUAUGACAUUGUAUAUGUGAGCCAAAAGUCGAUAAAGGGAAGCGCAAUAGCUGACUUCUUGGUAAGUCAAACAACGGAGGAAUACGAGCCUUUGAGAUUUGAUUUCCCAGAUGAAGAUUUGAUGUGCAUUUCAGAAAAAGAGGGCGAGUCAUCAAAAGAGAAGUCAUGCAAGAUGAGCUUUGAUGGUGCAUCAAAUGCAUUGGGGCAUGGGAUCGGAGCAGUCUUAGUGUCAACUGAAGGGGACCACUACCCGCUUACUGCCAGAUUGAAUUUCUUCUGUACCAAUAAUAUAGCAGAGUAUGAAGUUUGCAUCAUGGGGCUUCGUGCAGCUAUCAGGAGGAAAAUUGAAAUUUUAGAGGUACACGGGGACUCAGCAUUAGUCAUUUAUCAAAUUCGCGGAGACUGGGAAGUAAGGGAUUCAAAAUUAGUCAAAUAUCGCGAUCUGGUGACAGAAUUGGUCAAAGAAUUCAAAGAAGUGACUUUUAACUAUUUUCCACAAGAGGAGAACCAAUUGGCUGAUGCCGUAGCCACCUUGGCUUCGAUGUUCAAAGCAAACAGAGAAACUGAGAUAAUGCCUAUCCAAAUGAGAAUAUAUGAGACCCCCGCACACUGUUUUAGCAUUGAGGAGGAGUCAGAUGGAUGA